UUGCAGUGCCGCUGUCUGUCUGUUCGUUGGUUCAGAGUCUGCUCUCUCUCCUUUCUCCUCUCCUCUACUCGCAGAAUGUCUCUUCCAAAUUUCCCAAUCCCGAACCUCGACACCACUCUGAAGGAAGCCGGGCGCGUGCUGGAGCUGAUUCUGCCCCCGGAGCAGUUCCAGAGAUACCAGAGCGCCCUCCGGAGGCAGGAGGCUGAACUGCAGGAGAUCCACGCCCGAUUCGCAGCCCAGGUGGCCGGCCGGGAAAACUGGGCCACGGAGGACUUCAAAAACCGCCUCCUCUCCUGCCCCGACCCCAUCCCCACCUCCACCGCCCUCCCCGUGCUCCUGCAGCCCUCCGCGGCCCAGGGGACCCCCGAACUGGAGGGGGGACCCCAGCUAGCCCGGGCCGCAGCCCUGCUCUGGGCAGCGGCCAAGAUCCACAGCGAUCCGCGGCUUCUCGAAGGAGACGCAGCUCUGGAGCAGACCCAGAGAUCAGAGCUGUUCUCAGCCUGCAGAGAGCCGGGAGAGACCAGAGAUCAGAUCAAGGUCUACCCUGACAGUCUGCACGCAGUCCUGCUCUAUCGAGGCUCUGCGUUCCCCCUGCAGCUCCUGUCCCCGUCUAGGGACCCCCUCCUGCUCCCCCAGAUCCACAGCCAGCUGCUGGGUGCCGUGAGGACCCCUCCCAGGGCGUCCCUGCCGCUGCCUGCUUCCCCGUGCAGCCUGACUGCCCUGGAGAGACCUGCCUGGCACGCUGUGCGAGAGGGCCUGCUGUCCGGGGAGGGGGCGGGGUCUCUGCGGACCCUGGAGAGCGCUGUGCUGGCGCUGGCGCUGGAGGAGUGCCCCCCGCCCGACCCCCGGGACCCCGCGGCCGCGCUGACCAGCAUCCAACUGGGGAGCCCCAAGACGAGAGGCAUGAGACACUACGACAAGGUGCUCAAUCUGGUUCUCUACUCUGAUGGCUCGGCGGGUCUCCUGUUUGAACACACCGCGGUGGACGGCAUGGUGGCCGGGCUCCUGGCUCAGGCGCUGUGGAGCCUCUCCGAGGAGGAACUCCAAAAACAACACCCCCCUCUGGAAACUAUGGCCCCAACCCUCGUCCAGCCCCUGGACUUCUCCCUGGAAGCCCCGCCCAGCCCCCGCGCCGGCCCCGCCUCCACCCGCACCUCCUGCUUUGAAUACCGCCCCCUGCCCGGCGCCCUGUCUGUGCUGGGGGGGUCCCGGGGGCUGCUGGACGCCUCGCUCACCUUCUCACUGCAGCUGGGGCUGAAGCAAGCCUUCAUCGAGGAGGAGGAGGAGGGGGGGAGCAGGGCCUUCCUCAUGGUCACCCCCACCCACGUGAGGCAUGUGACUCGAACCAGCGGCUCUCGAGCGCCCUCGACCCGCUUCGCUCGACAUUUCUUGGUUCUGACCCCAACAACACUGACCCGCUUCUCUCUCCCGUCGCAGGCACUACAAGCACGGCCGCUGUAACCCCACCUACAGCCUGAGCAGGGGGUCUCUGGAGCUGCUGGGGGCCCUUCUCUCGAAGCGCGAGGAGGAGGAGGAGGAGGAGGAAGGGC